AAGAAAUCCUUAAUUGCACAUAAUUAAUUUUAAAUUUUAUGUUGAAACCAUGCGUAACAUGUAGUAGUUGUAGUUUAUGUCACAUAAAGUUUUUCAUAUUUUUUGAAGUUAAAACUAUGUUAAACAAAUUUUUUCCAAUAUAUAGUCUUCUUGGGUGCGAGCCCAAAAUAGUGUUUUGAUUUAUUGUUUUUACUUUUUAGUAUCUGAAAUUCCCAUAAAAAACCCACCGCUAUAUAAAUUAAAAACCAGCACCAUAGAUCUGAGCCUUCUCCUCCUCCUCCGCCGCCGCCAAAAUCAAGCAAAUGGGUCUCCUCUUCUACGCAAUAAAAGUUCCCAAAGUCAUCACAGUAGCCUUCUUCCUCAACCUAAUUUCCUACGCACACCACCUCCUCAUCGCCGCCCUCACGCAUCUCCGCCUCUACAAGCGCCCGCCGGCGGAGGAAUUGCCCGAAUCCGGCUCCUCCACCAACAAUUACAUCCUGAUUCUGGACAGCUCCUCCCCCUCGCUGGUCCCGAUCCCGGUCCACGUCGUGACCACCGCAAUCAAGAGCCUGGUACCCGUAAUCGAAUAUGAGGAAUUGGUCGGCCGCGGCGGAGGCGGGGAGAAGGGGUGUAGCAUAUGCUUGGAGUGUAUAGAGGGGCGGGAUGAGGUGAGGGAGCUUUGCAAUUGCAGGCAUUUGUUCCAUAGGGAUUGUUUGGACACGUGGAUUGAUGAGGGGCAGGUGACUUGUCCUUUGUGUAGAUCGAUGUUGUUGCCUCCUAGAGUUAAUCUUCUCAGAUGUAAUCAAAUUCCUAAUUCCUAGUUUUUUUUUCUUAGUUUGGAAUUGUUGUUAUUAUGUCUGUUGCAAUUUGUUUGGUAUAGAGCUUGAGUUAGCUUUGAUCUCUGUUGAUUUGAUUUAAAGUGGAUUAGAAAACGAGUUGGGAUAAAAGAAGGGAGAAUUGGUUUUGACAUUUUGAAAAGGAUGUGGCAGUAGUAGCUUAGGAUUGAUUAGCUAAUUCCAUUUUAGUCUUGUUCGUUUGGUAGAGUUUGAAUUGGUAAGGGAAGGAAUUGCAGGCUUUGAAUGGCAUUAGCAGAGAGUUUUUAGUAUUUGUGUGGAUGAAGAUGAGUCCAUGUGGUGUGGCUGCUUUUGAAUUUUAUUGACUUGUUGGAGUGAGUGUUGAAUUGUUGAUGAUGGAUCCUCAUUUGUUGCCAAUUCUUUCCUCUCUUUUAUUCUUUCUAGAAACCACUUUCAUCUUAUUCAUUUUCAUAAGAAAUCCAAAAUAUUGUAACCCUAAA